GUUACUCGCAAUAGAGAUGCGAGUAGUAACCGCCCCCGCACUUCCACCGAUAGUCGCGCGUAUCGAUCCCUUGUUUACAACUUUUCGCAAUGUUUACAACGUAAGCAUACCGCCGAGGUUAGCUAAUUAGGAGAGAGUACCGGAAAAUGUGGAAGACGGCCCGCUGACCGAAGAACCCACCCACCCACGCACUACCCACGUGCCGCCCAAAUGCUGCCCACGUACGAGAGGUUCAACGAUCCGAAGAGCGUCUUCUUCCGGCUGCCCUUCGCCCGGCUGGCCGUCGUGGCGCUCAGUCUGCCGCUGGGAGGCUUCCUCUUCUGCGUGGCCUGGUCGCUGGCCUUUGACUUUGUGCGCAGCACCUACACCCACUGCGAUGUGGCCAACUACCUGCCCUCCGUGUCGGCGGCCAUCGGCAACUACGAGCCCCAGCGCACUGUCUGGCGGCUGGCCAUCUUUCUGCACCUUCCGCUCCGGUUGGCGGUGGCAAAGAUGUACCUCGAGCACUACCGCGAGCACAUCAGGCGAAGCAGGAGACUGCUGGGCAUCCUGGCCUGCCUCCUCAACGUCGUGGAGGACCUGGCGCUCUUCUGCCUCUCCUUCUGGACGUCGGCGGACCACUACGAGACUCACCGGAACGCCUUCGUGGUGUUCAUCGCCUGCUCGGAGUGCUACAUGCUGAUCUCGUACCUCCUCAACAGGAAUGCCCGCAAGGCGGUUCUGCUGCCCCACGAGGAGAAGUCCCUGCGGUACAAGAGGAACCUGUUUCUGGUCAACGUGCUGGCCUUUGGACUGGCGGGCUACUGCUUCGUCCGGCACAACUCUUACUGCGAGGCUGGGGUGUACACCUUCUUCGCGCUGUUCGAGUACGUCGUAGUGCUGACCAAUAUGGGUUUCCACAUGACCUCGUACUGGGACUUCUACGCCCUCAACGUGGUGUGCGACGCCAAGCACGGACUCUACCUGUCGCAGCUGUAGCUCCUCCACAGCUCCUCCUCCAUCUUUCCAGCCAGUCGUCCGCAGUGCGACCCUCGAGUACUCAGUACAUACGCGGUAUUAGCUUAAGCUCAAAGUUUACUUAAUUUUACCAAAGGAAACUGGUGGCUACAGCAGGGAAGAUCUGCUCCACACGCUUUUUGGCCUCGAAAAGGCUUCAGCACGGCUCCCUUUAAGAUUCUACUUAUAUUUCCAAUGUCAGUUUCUGAAUUUGUUCCAGCUUGCAAUGAGGCAUCCUCUUCCAUCAUGAUUUUAGUGCAUUAUUUAUACAAAAGCAUUUGGUUAAGGCCUUAAAACAUUUAUACUUUAUACAAUUGUGCUUUGAAAUUUGCCCCACGGCUCCAAUAUAUUUUAAGUGAGAAAAGUGAA